AUGUUGACAAAAGAAAAUGUACCUGGUACCUAUCUGCUUGGCUCCCUGACCCCAACAGGCGGGUUGAGCCUCGAUGCGGGCGCUCUCCACCUCGGUGUUGAGAGCGCAUGGACUCGCAAUGAGUUGAUCAUUGCUGGAGCCGAGAGAUCGAGCAGUAGGGGGGCUGAACCCCCGACUAUUGACCAACUCUCCACAGAUUCGUGGAUGGGUGCUCUGGGAGCCCCAUCCAAAGCAAGCACCCUGUCCUUGAAGGGUGGCAAAAAUGCAGGCAUCACACCUGAUGAUGGCAAGGGCUCUGCCGCCAUGAGCAUUAGCCCGUUGCUAGGCAGUGUGGACGGGUUGCACACCUCCCACAUCAAGCCUCACAUACAUAGAAAUUUUGACUUACCUAACGACGGUGACCUCGGUGAAGUCCCUGAGUUCCCAGUACUGAACCCAAUAGUGUCAGUCCCCUCUACUCCCAGGAUUCCCGCUGAGUUAAAGGGAAAGGGUAUUGACCCAGCUGAAAUUCCCCACAACAAGGGUAACAAUGACCUUGACCCUAAUGACUGGUUCAAUCAGUGGUCUGACCUGGAUGAACAAGUAGCUAAGCUAAGCAAACCUGGCCCAGGAGAAUUGGAAGAUUCCCUCCAAGGGCUUUGGGACGAUAACAACAGCUCCGUUAAACGCGCCAUGAUGGGAACUUCUCCCACAGACACUUACCCUAGUGACUUGGAUUCUUCGUCCUCAGAUGAAGACGAGCUUUUGUCCACUGAAUCUGAAAAUGAUCAGUUGAAUAAGGGAGGUACUAAGAAAUCCGCGACCCCGUCCAGGCCCAACAUACCGGAAGAAGACUAUGGAGUCGACUUCUUAUGCAAGUACCUGGGAGGUCAACCUUACAGAUUCUUCGAGAGAGACAUCCUUGACCUUAAGAAAGGGUACUCCCUAACGGAGUUCUUCGAACAACUGUUCGACUACAUAUUCCCGCCUGACUUCCGGAUGCUGCAAUGUCAGAAGUUCUUAGACUGUAGACAGGACGGCAAAUUCACUGUCCGAGACUAUCUAAGACGCCUCCUCGAUACGAUUGAGAAGAAGGCCCUGUGUACCGAGCGCGCUUUCCUAGAGAACUCUCGCGACCCCAACGUAUUACUCGCGUUGAACCCCACUGCAGCCGCGGGGAUCGCCAGCCAGAGUGCAAGGAAUGAAAGACCCCAGUCAAAGGUCUCUAACCUCCAAGUACAUUCGGUAACUGUGACAGACACAGAUAUCAGAGCAGCAGCAAUAGAAGAAGGCGUCGCCCACGGCCUGUACGGCAUGGCUGUCAGCCUAGACGAGCCGUCAGAAUUUGAUGCUGCAAAGAGGUUAAUAGUCAUUUCCCGAUCUCUGGCUCUCCUGCGCCUCGCAGUACCCCUACCUACAGAUGAGCUCCAUGACCCCUUGUAUGAUCCCUAUGGGAAGGACCAGUCUUCCUUCAAACCGACCUGGGGUAGUGUAGUUUGCGACUCCUCGUGGGUAUCUUCCUGCAUGAAAUGUCUAGAGGACAUCCCUGUGAGGAAACCCGUGGAGGUCCUGGUUAACUCUGAGGAUUGGGACUCUGAGUCAGCAUGGGAGACCACAAACAGCGAAGACACUACCAGUGAGUACUCUUCCUGGGAGAAGAUUGAGGAGGACGACGUCCCCGUCCUUGUUGAUUAUGAGACGUCCGACAGUGAGGACGUCAUUGACACUGCUAGCAACUCCGUGACCGAAGAGGACGGUGACCCUGAUGGACCUAUGUUCUCGUUUCUGGACCCCAGUGAACUCCUUGAAGCUGAAGAACCGGCUAAUGAGCUGUAUUGCGCUGGCAACUCGAAACAAGCCGACCUACCCGAUCUUCGAUCUCUCCAAUGA